CGUGUUAAACGUUUGAGCCGCUCUCCCUCUAUUGAACCCUGGAAUGCUAGCUGCUUCACCGAGGUAUACCACUACCAGAGCCAGGAGGCUGAAUCCAUUAAUCCAGAAAGUAAUGUCUACAUAUCGCAUCCUACGCCGCACGUUCUCAUCAUCUGUCCAGCUUACCACCAGCACCGCCACCGCAACGGACACGGCCUCCGCAUCCGCGUCUAUAAAAUCCCCAUUUACUGUUCUCUACGAAGAGCGCAACUUGAAGCGCCUCGUGCAGAAAUUCAAAAAAUUUUCUGAAAACAACCGCUUCCGGACCCAUACCGACAUUUAUGAAGGAAUUGUUAGCCGCCUCGCCGCUGCCAAACGUUUUCGUUGGAUCGAGGAAAUCCUCGAGGACCAAAAGAAGUAUAAAGAUAUAUCCAAAGAAGGUUUUAAUGCGCGUUUGAUUGCACUUUAUGGGAAAUCAGGCAUGCUCGAUAAUGCCUACAAAACGUUCGAUGAAAUGCCCGGGAGAAAUUGCAAAAGGACGGUAUUAUCCUUCAAUGCGCUGCUGGCAGCGUGUGUCAACUCCCGAAAAUUUGACAAGGCUAAUGAUUUGUUUAGGAAAUUGCCAAAGGAAUUGGAUAUUGAACCAGAUUUGUUCUCAUAUAAUACAGUUAUCAAGGCAUUUUGUAAGAUGGGUUCAUUGGAUUCGGGGAUUUCGUUACUUGCUGAGAUGGAGCUGAAAGGUGUGCAGCCUGAUUUGAUUACAUUUAAUACUCUUCUAAAUGGGUUUUAUGCAAAUGGGCAAUUUGUGGAUGGCGAGAGGAUAUGGAGUCAAAUGGUGCAGAAGAAUAUUUCUCCUGAUAUAUGGAGUUACAAUGCAAAGUUGCUUGGAUUUGCACUGGAGAAAAGAACAAAAGAUGCAGUCGAGUUAGUUGAAGAAAUAAAGGAUAAGGGGAUUAAGCUUAAUGUUGUUAGUUGCAAUGCUUUGAUUAGAGGGUUUGUUAAAGAGGAGAACUUGGAAGAAGCCAAGCGUUGGUACUCUGAAAUAGGGAAUAGCGAAUGUAAACCCGAUAAAUUCACAUUUACAACAUUGAUUCCUUUUGUAUGUGAGAAGAAUGAUUUGGGGUUUGCUUUUGAGCUUUCGAAAGUUAUCAUCAGCAGGAAUUGUUUGGUUGACAGGGCAUUGCUACAGCGUGUGGUAGAUGGAUUGGUGAAGAAGUCAAAGAUUGAGGAGGCAAAGGAACUUGUGCAGCUUGGGAACGACAAUGGCUACUGUCGCUACAAGUUGAUGCUGUCAUCAGAUUAUUAGUGCAAUAGCCUCUUUGUUCCAAUUUUCCUAUCGUGUAAGUUGAAUAAUUUAUUGUGCUAUUAUGAAAUUUUGAGAGAAGAAAUGAGGUUGCUGUGCCAGAAGAAGAUAGGAACGAACUUGGGCAAUAUAAAAUUUGCUUUCAAAUAUUAAAUGAAAAAAAAAAAAAAAAA